CUUACAAGCACAACUAUUUGUAGACGAAUUGAUGGUGUGUUCUUAUCAGGCUCUCUCGAUUAAUGUUCAGUUAUUGCGGUAUGUAAAGCAAAAGUGCCCAAAAUCUGACGUUGAAUUGUGCAGGAUACUUCGCUGAAUCGACAGAAGACAUCAACCAUGUCUUCCGUGCAAGUGUUGGACCCGCCGCCAAUAAAAACCGGCCCCAACAACAACCAGAAACACCCUAUGAAGCCGACCAACAACAACAACUCAAAGCGCAAAAACAAGUACGACAGAGGCAGCAGAAAGAGAUCGAAAAGUUUUUCGGGAUGCGGCCUCCCGAUAAGUCAGAAGCCGGUCCUGCCUUCCAAGUUUUUGCUCGGCGGGAAUAUCAAAGAUCCUCUCAACUUGAACAGUCUCCAGGACGAAGAGAUAAACAGGGCUAUGAACGCAGUUACUCCGAAAUCUUCUCCUGUCCCGACCCCUCCGAGGAAGAAAGGACAGAUCGAAGUAAUAAUCCCCAAAAACAUUCACGAUCCCCUAAAUCUGAUCGAUUGCUCCGAUGAUGCCGAAUACGAACAGCAGCUGUGUUCACCGAUUAAAAAGGCCAAGAAGAAACGCUUGAAGAAGAGGAGGACCAUUUCCGUGACGAUGGAUUCGACAUCGGAGUCGAUUGCGGACGUGAGCGCGAACUCUGAGGCGAAAACGCCCGAAACGUCGACGGAUUCCGCGAAGAUUCCCGACGUACCCGAAGAAAACGCGCCUCGGGCACCGAAUGUUAGCCGCGACCUUAGCAUCGAGUUGAACGCCACUCCCGGUCCGGCGGCGGCUAUUAAAAAGGAGAAAAACAAACGAAAAUCGGAUGACUUCGGACACGGCAUAAAAAAAUUCAAAAACAAUUCGAUGGACAAAAUCGUGAGUCCGGUCGUGCCGCAACCCGGCGCGUGGCUGAAGAGGAGCAAUUCGGUGAAUAAGUGGUCGAAACCGAGGCAGAACAAGAAUCCGGCGGAGGAGCUGAAGAUGCCCCUGUUCAAGGAGAAGGACAAGCAGUUCCGGUAUGGGAACUACAACAGAUAUUACGGCUACAGAAAUCCCCACAACGAGAUCGACCACCGGCUGCGCGUAUUCUCCCAUCACACUUACCUGUUCGAGAACAAAGAUAUCCUGGACAUAGGCUGCAACAUCGGUCACGUGACCCUGUCCGUAGCGAGGGAUUACGGGGCGCGUACCAUACUGGGCAUAGACAUUGACCAAACGCUAAUUUCGAUCGCGCGAAAGAACAUAAAACACUACGUGAAAACAGAGGAAUCGCCCCGGGGGGACGAUGGCCAGCCGCCCGCUUCGGGCGGCAUAACAAAAAGUAGUGAGUUUUUUCCUAUAAGCAUGCCUAUAUUAUAUGGAGCGAUUGACGUUAUAGGAUUCCACGAUAGGACGCCCAAAGGGACAGGAUUUCCUAACAACGUUACUUUCAAACAGUGUAAUUACAUUCUAGAAGACGACAACUUGAUCGUCUUGGAACAGCCUCAGUUCGACGUGAUACUCUGCCUCAGCAUCACCAAAUGGAUCCAUCUGAAUUGGGGAGAUGCAGGCAUGAAGCAGGCUUUCAGAAGGAUGUAUGCGCAGCUGAAACCCGGAGGAAAACUCAUUCUCGAACCGCAGAAUUGGGCGAGUUACAAGUCCAAAAAGAAAUUGACAGAAACUAUCUACAAGAACUACAACUCCAUAGAAUUCUUCCCUGACAAAUUCCGGGAAUACCUCCUGUCUCCGGCAGUGGGCUUCGCCAAGAGCGAGAUCCUAGGCUACCCACCGCACCAAGCGAGAGGAUUCCGACGACCGAUCCAAGUGUUCACCAAAAGCACCAUGUUCCCCAGCGAACGUACUGAAGCGACACCUAUCAACUACACGCCGACCAUUGCUGUAUUCGACUCGUGUCGGAUCAAAACGGAGAAAUACGAAUCUCAGAAUCCGGGACCGUGCAUCGAACAUGUCUACACCAACAUUUUCGACGAUCGGUACUGUGGAUGUGCGGAUGACAAUUCAGAAAUGAACGACAAAGUGGGAGAGGAGCUGAAGAAGGAAGCCAUGGAGUUAGUGCCGAGCAAAAGUUUCGGCAGUGAAAGGACUGUUAUCAGUGAGGAAGGCGAGGAUGGAAAAAUUACGGAUAUUACGGAUAUUCAAAAUCAGGAGACGGUUUUGGUGGGUGAAAAAAGGGAGAUGAAGUGCGAAAGGUGUGGUGAGGAGAACAGUUCGUCUUCGUCGGAAGUUUCCGAAGUCGGGAAAACCAAGAAGGAUCAGCCUGACAUGUCUGGGGAUAAUACUUAGAUUAAGUAUCAAUUUGAAACUGUUUUUAUUUUACUUUAAUUCUGUAAAUAUGUCAAUAUUUUAAUUUUUUAUCGUUUGUUGAAAAAGCUUUGUAUAUAUGUACAUGCUUCAAAGUAUUACAGUUUUCUUAAGAAAUAA